UCUCUUGCAAGACACUAAAAGAAGAAUCAUAAACUCAUACACAAUGUCUCUCAGACUCGCACAAUCCGUCAGAGCCAACCCUCUUUUGAAGAAGAACACCGCGCAGCUGUUUGCUGCCAGAUACUAUUCCUCGUCUGAGAAGACGUUGAAGCAGCGUUUUGCUGAGCUCAUCCCGGAGAAGGUUGACCAAAUCAAGCAGUUGAAGAAGGACUACGGCUCCACUGUUAUCGGUGAGGUCACCUUGGACCAGGCCUACGGUGGUAUGCGUGGUAUUAAGGGUCUUGUCUGGGAAGGUUCCGUGUUGGACCCAGUUGAGGGUAUCAGAUUCAGAGGUAAGACCAUCCCAGACAUCCAAAAGGAGUUGCCAAAGGCCGAGGGUGGUGAGGAGCCAUUGCCAGAGGCUUUGUUCUGGCUCUUGUUGACUGGUGAGGUGCCAACCGUUGGCCAAACCAGAGCCUUGUCUGCCGAGUUGGCUGCCAGAUCCUCCUUGCCAAAGCACGUUGAGGACAUCAUUGACAACUCCCCAUCCCACUUGCACCCAAUGGCUCAAUUCUCCAUGGCUGUUACUGCUUUGGAGUCCGAGUCCCAAUUCGCCAAGGCCUACGCUGCCGGUGUCUCCAAGAAGGACUACUGGAACUACACCUACGAAGAUUCCAUCGACCUUUUGGCCAAGUUGCCAAACAUCGCUGCCAGAAUCUACCAAAACGUUUUCAAGGAUGGUAAGCUUCCAGCCGUUAACAAGGAUUUGGAUUACGGUGCCAACUUGGCCAACCUUUUGGGUUACGGUUCCAACGCUGAGUUUGUCGAGUUGAUGAGAUUGUACUUGACCAUCCACUCUGACCACGAGGGUGGUAACGUUUCUGCCCACACUACCCACUUGGUCGGUUCCGCCCUUUCUUCUCCAUUCUUGUCCCUUGCUGCUGGUUUGAACGGAUUGGCUGGUCCACUCCACGGUCGUGCUAACCAAGAAGUUUUGGAAUGGUUGGAGACCUUCAAGAAGGCUGUCGGUAACGAUUUCUCCAAGGAGACCAUUGAGAAGUACUUGUGGGAUACUUUGAACGCUGGUAGAGUCGUUCCAGGUUACGGUCACGCCGUCUUGAGAAAGACUGACCCACGUUACACCGCCCAAAGAGAGUUUGCCUUGAAGCACUUGCCAGACUUUGACAUGUUCAAGUUGGUUUCCGCUAUCUACGAGGUUGCCCCAGGUGUCUUGACCAAGCACGGUAAGACCAAGAACCCAUGGCCAAACGUGGACUCCCACUCCGGUGUCCUCUUGCAAUACUACGGCUUGACCGAGGCUUCCUUCUACACCGUUUUGUUCGGUGUCUCCAGAGCCUUUGGUGUCUUGCCACAAUUGAUCAUUGACCGUGCCGUUGGUGCUCCAAUUGAGAGACCAAAGUCCUUCUCCACCGAGAAGUACAUUGAGUUGGUUAAGAGCUUGAACUCCAAGUAAAUUGUCUCUUAAUUUAUUAUUAACGAAAUGUGAAACGAUGUGAAUGUAAAUGAAGUG